AUGGCAGACAACUAUCAACCGAUCUACAUAAGCGCCACCGAGGCCCCUCCGCAGGAAAGUAUAUCGAGUGAUACUCUGUAUGAUUGGAACUUCCCCAUUGUACGCCCUUGCGAAACACCAGUCUUAGAAUCAGAUAGUCACGGUGUCGAAGAUGAUAUCACCGAGUCUGUAGUGAGUAGCCCAACGCCCUCGGAGCUUGAUAUGCCGGUGGCAAGCAAUUGGAGAAUCGCUGGCCCGGCUUCACUAGAGGUUCGGCGGGAAAUCCAGCGAGGCUCGCUCAUCGCUGCACCAAUUCCACAAUUCGCGAAAGACAAGAACGGGAAGGGGAGGUUGACAGAAGGAUCUUUCAAAAGCCCAAAAGGUAUGAUGCUUAUCAAGAAAUAG